AGAAGAAGAAGAAGAAAAGAAAGCCUCAACAGGAAAUUUCAGAAAGCCAAGUUCAAAAAACCUUCCCCCCACAGGUCACGUGCAGGCUGGCGCCCCUUCCCCGCCGGCUCCCACCCCGUCUCUCUCAGCAUGCAACCUGCAGGAUACGCCCACCAGCCCACGCCGCCCUUGGUAUAUGAAGCGCCCGUCACCCUCGCCUCCGUCACGCCCUCGAGAGGCGGCGUGGGCGGCGGGUAUGACCUGGUGAUUCGCGGAGACGGCCUACCCUCGACGUCGCAGGGUGGCGGGCAGCGGCGUGUCCGUGGGGGGCGGCCCUUGCCCAGUCACGGUCGCGGGCCCUGGCUCCGUGGCGUGCGUGGCGCCGCCUGGGGGAGCAGGAAAGGCGGACGUGAUCGUAGCGAUAGAGGGCGUGGCCACGACCAUGAAGGGCGCCUUCAGGUACGUCCCGCUCGCCCCCGCCUCCGUCUCCAGCGCGCAGCCUCCCACCUCCUCCGUCUUGGGAGGAGGAAUCCUGACCGUUACUGGCGCUGACUUCGGACCUGCAAGCGACGGGCAGGUUAAGGUAGGAGGUGUGGCGUGCGAAGUGGAGAGCUGGAGCGAAAGCAAGAUCACCUGCGCCCUGCCCGCCUUGCCACCUGGGGAACACGCCGU